AUGGGAACAGAAUCUCGCCCUGCACUGGACAACGCGUACCUUCUGAACCCUUGCCCGUCUGUCAAAGCCGUGCCGCCCGGUGACGCCCACUCGAGAAAGCACGCCGCCGCGUCGCCUCCGGCCAUCUAUCGCCCGCACGCGCAUGGCAACUGCUGCGCCGACCGCCCUGUCUCCUGCCGCCGCCGCCCCGCCCACGCGCCGUCUACAUGUCGCGACGACAUAGGCAGAUCGAGCCUCUUCGCCACGCCGACGACUGAACACUCAGACGCGAAACCACCCCGCGACGCUCCGGCAGCACCCCAAUUUUGCAGCGCGUCCACCAUGGCGCAAGUAGCUGCAUCCUCUACGCCUACGCUGGGCCUCGCCCACCGCAAAUUCCAUGGCUGCUCCGGCAUCCGCGACUAUGAGAUCAUGGACAAGCUUGGUGAAGGCACUUUUGGUGAGGUCCACAAGGCGCGCUCACGCCGCAGCGGGACAGUCUUUGCCCUCAAGAAGAUCCUCAUGCACAACGAAAAGGACGGCUUCCCCAUAACUGCGCUCCGCGAGAUAAAGCUGCUCAAGCUGCUCAGCCACCCGAACGUCCUCAAGUUGGAAGAAAUGGCCGUUGAACGGACGAGGGGUGAGGGAAGGAAGCGCGCGAUAUUAUACAUGGUGACCCCUUACAUGGACCACGAUCUUUCCGGCCUCCUUGACAACCCCGACGUCCGUUUCUCCGAGCCGCAGAUCAAGUGCUACAUGCUGCAACUUUUGGAGGGACUUAGAUAUCUGCAUGAUAACCACAUUCUACACCGCGAUAUGAAAGCUGCCAAUUUGUUGAUAAACAACAAGGGUAUCCUACAAAUCGCAGACUUUGGUCUUGCUCGUCAUUACGAUGAGCCGGUGCCCAAGCCUGGAAAGGGCGGUGGCGAGGCCCAGCGAGACUACACUGCGCUAGUCGUCACUCGCUGGUAUCGGCCCCCGGAGCUGCUACUCAAUCUCCGUCGGUACACCACGUCAAUCGACAUGUGGGGUGCAGGCUGCGUUUUUGGUGAGAUGUUCAGAAGAAAGCCCAUUCUCGCUGGAAACAGCGACCUCAACCAAGCUCAGAUCAUCUUCGACUUGGUCGGCACUCCGACCGAAGAGAACAUGCCAGGAUGGAGCCUCCUACCUGGUUGCGAAGGGGUCAAGCAAUUUGCGCCGCGAAGGGGCAAUCUUCCCCAGGUUUUCCGAGAGCAAGGAUCUUUGGCGAUCUCGCUUCUGCAAGAGCUUCUUAAAUUGGACUGGAGGAAGCGGAUCAACGCGAUCGACGCUCUUCAACACCCGUAUUUCAAGGAACACCCGAAGCCCGCAAGACCUGAAGAUCUCCCGCGUUUUGCAGAUUCCCACGAGCUGGAUCGCCGUACUGCUCGUGGCAAGCAACAGGCCCUGCCGCCCGCGCCCGCCGGUGGCACCGUCGGUAUGGGACCUCACCCUAAUGGUGAUUGGCCCGGCGGUCCGCCGCCACAUGGAGCAUACAUGAACGGAGACCGGUACCCUCGCGAUCGCGGUCCCCCAGGUGCUAUACCUCCAGGGCCUCCACGUGGGUACGACGGGCGAGGCGGGCCCUAUGACCAACGAGGUCCUCGUCGUCAGCCGUGGGAAGCUGAUGUGCACCGCCAUACCAAUCUACCUUAUGCCGGGCCUCCGGGCUCGCGCCUCCCUCCGCCGCCCCCUGAAGGAAGCAGACACCCUCUGCCACAUCCUCCCACAAAUCGAGCCUAUGGGACUGGUGUGGCCCGUCCUAUUAGAGUCCCGGGAAACGUUGACACAUACAUACCAAGUUAUUCUGACGGUGGUCGCCGUGGUUCAAAUGAUAGAGAAAGAGACGACCGCAGUUCCCGGGAUAGGAGCAGACCUCCGUCCAGAGACAAACAAAGAGGAUACCGGGAUAGACGUCCCCGUGACGAUGAUGCGCUUGAUUACGAUGAAGGAGGACGGCGCAAGACGCGCAGCAGAAGCCCUGCAAGCGAUGCUUACGAGCGCCGCGACCGCGAUAGGGACCGCGACCGGCGCGAGCGAGAAAGGGAUCUUUACAGGCGAUGA